GCGAAAUUGCCGCGUGCGGGGUUUGUUUACAAAUACAAUUGGACCUACUGGUGAAAUUCCAGUUAAAAUUCCAUUGACAGUUGGAAGGAACAUACCACACCGGUAGAAAACAGGAUGCCCGUCGUUGAGGGCAGCGAUCUGGUCCAGCUGCAGCGUCGCCAGCAGCAGGUGAGGAACAUCUGCAUUCUGGCCCAUGUGGAUCAUGGCAAGACCACUCUGGCGGAUUCGCUGGUGGCCAGCAACGGCAUCAUAUCCCAGCGGAUGGCUGGUAAACUCCGGUACCUGGACAACAGGCAGGACGAACAGGAGCGAGGAAUCACCAUGAAGAGCAGCAGCAUAUCCCUAUACUAUCAGGAGACUCAACAAGUUGAUGGGGAGCCGGACUUCCUCAUAAACCUGAUUGAUUCCCCCGGGCAUGUGGACUUCUCAAGCGAGGUCUCGACGGCAGUGAGGUUAUGCGAUGGUGCCAUUGUCGUGGUGGAUGUUGUAGAGGGCGUGGGUCCCCAGACACGUGCCUGUCUAAAGCAGAUCUACGAGGAGCAACUGAAGCCGGUCCUGGUUCUGAAUAAACUGGAUCGUUUGAUACUGGAGAAGCAGUUGGAUCCCCUGGAUGCCUACUUCCACUUAAUGCAGAUCCUGGAGCAAGUCAACGCCGUCUUGGGAAGCAUUUUCGCCUCGGAUGUUCUAGCCCGCGAGGACAUAACCAAGAAGGACAACUACGAGUCGGCCCUGGAGGAAGUAGAUGACUCGGAGCUGUACUUCACGCCUGCCUCCGGAAACGUUGUGUUCUGCUCCGCCUACGACGGAUGGGCUUUCUCCGUAAAGGACUUUGCUGCCAUGUACGCGAAGAGAUUGGAAAUAAAGAGCCAGGAUUUGGAGCAAGUGCUGUGGGGUGACUUCUACUAUAACUCUAAGAAAAAAGAAGCCCUUCCGGGCGCUCAGGAAAAGGCGAAGAAGCCCAUGUUUGUUCAGUUUGUUUUGGAGAAUAUAUGGAGUUUGUACGAUAUUAUAGCCAUCCGGAAGGAUAAGGAUAAGCUGCCGGGCAUAGCUGAGAAACUGGGCCUGAAACUGGCUGCUCGGGAUCUGCGGCUCACUGAUCCCAAGCUUCAGAUCAAGGCUGUUCUCGGGCAGUGGCUGCCUAUUGAUAAAUGUGUACUGCACAUGGUCGUGCAACAUGUUCCGCCGCCGCACAAAAUCAGCGAGGAGCGAGCUCAGAGAUUACUAUAUCCGGCCAACGUGGAGCUGAGCUCACUGCCUGAGGAGACUCUGAAACUGAAGGAGAGUUUCACCAGCUGCGAUUCCAGUAGCUCCAAUGUCAUCGCCUUCGUGUCCAAGAUGACGCCCGUCCAUGUCAGCCAGCUGCCGCAAAAUCGUCCCAAAAGACUAACCGACCAGGAACUGCAGCACCGCCGCGAUGAAGUGCGUCGACGGAUAGAAGAGCGCAAGCAGCAGACCGAGCAAUCGGAGCUGGAGAAGAUUAGCCAGGGCGUGGAGAAGCUCAGUACGCAGGUGGAGGAAGAGAAGAAGGCUGAGGAAACUAAACCGGACGGAGAGCCAAACGAAUACGUCUUCAUAGCCUUCGCCAGGGUGUUCAGUGGCACCUUGAAACGCGGCAUGGAGCUGUUUAACUUGUCGCCCAAGCACGAUCCCCGCCAGCCAGCGCAUCGCAAGGAGGGCGAAGCCCCCUACGCCAGCAGGGUUACCAUCGGGGAUCUGUACAUGUUCAUGGGUGGGGAACUGCAACUCUUGGAUGAGGUUCCUGCCGGAAACAUAGUUGGAAUUGGUGGCCUCGAGAGUCACAUCGUCAAAACAGCCACUCUUAGCAGCAGCUUGGAUUGCACAUCCUUCAGUGAACUGAGCAUCAUGGCCACUCCCAUUCUCCGGGUGGCCAUUGAGCCGGUGCAGCCGCAGGACAUGCCCAAGCUGGUCAAGGGCUUGAAGCUGCUCAACCAGGCGGAUGCCUGCGUUCAAGUAUCGGUGGCCCCAACGGGCGAGCAUGUGAUCACCACCUUGGGCGAGGUGCACGUGGAAAAGUGUGUCCACGAUCUCGAGCAGAGCUAUGCAAAGAUUAAGGUGAAUGUCUCCAAGCCGAUUGUGUCCUUUAGGGAAACCAUUGUGCCAGCUGCCACGGUGGAUAUGGUGAACGAAGCUAUUGUGAAGACGGCGGAGGACAAGGAUAUCAGCAAGAAGAUUGCCACCCACCAGACGCUCAACAAACUGGGAACUCUGAAGGUGAUAGCUGUGCCUCUGCCCGCGGAGGCUGUGGAGCUGUUGGAGAAGCAUGGAGAGUUCUUCAAGGAACUGGCUGCUCUUCCGCGCAAUCAAGUGCUCUCUGAGAAGUGGACCACUCUGCUGGCGUCCAUUAAACUGAAACUAGUAGCUGCUCUCCAGGACCUCCAGUUGUUUGGAUUGAGCUCGCUCUCCCCAGAGGAGCUGGUCAGCCGGGUGUGGGCCUUGGGCCCCAGGAACUGUGGCACCAACAUCCUUCUCAAUCUCAGCGAUUACGAACAACCCGACUUCUGGUCAGGUCCUAGCAAGUCCUCAGACACGGAUAUACGCUCCGCCACCGAUCCGAGGAAGGAUUUCAAUAGCUCGCUGGUGAAUGGCUUUCAGCUGACCUCCGGAGCGGGUCCUUUGUGCGAGGAGCCCAUGCAGGGUGUUUGUUUUGCAAUGCUCGAGUGGUCCAUCCAGCCAGAUAGCGAGGACUUGAAUGCAAGAGGUCCUUUUUCGGGACAAGUACUGACUGCCGCCAAGGAGGUGUGUCGACAGGCUUUCCAAAACCAGCCCCAACGCCUGGUCACUCCCAUGUAUAGUUGCAGCAUAGUCGUGAAUGCGGAAAUGUUAGGUAAAAUGUAUGCGGUAAUUGGCCGUAGGCACGGCAAGAUCCUCUCCGGGGAUCUGACCCAGGGCAGUGGAAAUUUCGCGGUCACCUGUCUCCUGCCCGUGAUCGAAUCGUUCAACUUUGCCCAGGAGAUGCGCAAGCAGACAUCUGGCCUGGCCUGUCCGCAACUGAUGUUCAGUCACUGGGAGGUGAUUGAUAUCGAUCCCUUCUGGCUGCCCACCACCGAGGAGGAGCUGAUGCACUUCGGCGAGAAGGCGGACUCCGCCAACCGGGCCAAGCUCUACAUGGACAGUGUGCGACGCCGGAAGGGUCUCUUUGUGGACGAGCAAGUGGUGGAGCAUGCCGAGAAGCAGCGCACCCUCUCCAAGAACAAGUGAUUCCCCCCUGGAUGCCUCU